CUCUCUCUCUCUCUCCCUCCCUCCCUCCCUCCCUCUCUCUCUCUCUCUCAGUGACACAGUGAAAUAACAGAAGCGACCUGAAGCAGGAGGAGACAGGAGCCGAGGACAGACUGACCGACGACAAGUUGUGUUAAGUGUGUGUGUGUUACUGAGCGGUGUGCGAGCGGCCACCAGGGGGCGACAGAGCCAAGAUGUCCUCGAUGAGAGCAGACAGCAGCUGGUCCCAGCCACGGGACACGAGCAGCCUGGUCCAGGCCUGUACCUUCAACAUCCAGAAGAUCAACCACAACUCUGGUCAGAUCAAACAUCUCCUCCUUCAACUGGGGACGAGACAGGAAACCUCAGGGCUCCAGGAGCGGCUCCAGCAGCUCCAGCACUACACCAACCAGCUGGCUAAAGAGACCAACAGACACCUGAAGGAGCUCGGCGCUCGGCCCCCACCUCUGUCUCCAUCAGAGCAGAGGCAGCAGAAGCUGCAGAGGGAGCGCUUGAUGAGCGACUUCUCCGCGGCCCUCAACAACUUCCAGGCGGUGCAGCGCAGCGCCACUGAGAAAGAGAAGGAGACGGUGGCCAGAGCUCGAGCCGGAUCCAGAGUCACGGGAGACGGAGGAAAUGUGAGCGAAACGCUGGUUACGUUUGAAAAGGAAGAUGAGUGGAGUCAGACUCAGACUGAGGAGCCCGUCGUCACAGAGGAGGACCUGGAGCUCAUCAAGGAGAGAGAGACCAACAUCAGGCAGAUGGAGGCCGACAUCAUGGACGUGAACCAGAUCUUCAAGGACCUGGCCGUGAUGAUCCACGACCAGGGAGAUAUGAUCGACAGCAUCGAGGCCAACGUGGAGAGCGCUGAGGUGCAUGUGGACAGAGGAGCGGUGCAGCUGCAGAAGGCGUCUUAUCACCAGAGGAAGUCCCGUAAGAGGAUGUGCAUGUUGGCCAUGGUGAUGUCGCUGGUGCUCACCAUCCUCAUCAUCAUCAUCUGGCAGGCCCUCAAAUGAGAGAAGCACCGCGCAGCCCGCCGACACCUCCAGAUGACCUCCUCUGUGUGUGUGUGUGUGUGUGUGUGUGUGUGUAUUUAUGUGGGAUGAAUGAGUGGAAAUAACAGUUUUUUGUUUUUUUAUGUUUCGUGUCUUUGAGGCAAACGGCAACAUGUUAGGAACAAAUCUGCCAAUAUUUUUUGAUGAUAUUCAAGAUUUUGUUUAAUUGUUUGUUUCUCUAGGUAAUAACUGACACGUAUUCAGUGCUUCCUCUUGUAGUUUGGAACAUUACAACUGUUCCACUUCUCCUACUACCGACAGAUGCCAGAGCACAGACCUCCGACAAGCCCCUCGUGAAACCACAUUUAAAUCUCCUGGAUCCAGAUUUUUUACUUUGGGUCCGCAGCAAAUUUGCACAAACUCACGGACGUCAGCCCUCUGAAAUACGCCUGAUUGUUUUCAUCAAGAUCCACGAAUGAUUCCCUGGGAAAUCUGUGAAAAAGUCUUUCUUGGCCCACGUCCCGUCCUCAUCCUGCUGACAGACGAACCGAGGUACUGAUCCGAGGGGGCAGGCUGCGGGAGAUGGACAGUGGAGGAGUGACAGUACAAUGUACGUCACUGGAUUCGACAAACGUUCCAGGUUUUUGACUGUUAAACUCUUAGUCAGUAAUAAUUAGUUUUUGUUGUUUUUCCAAACUUUAACUGUGAAUUUUUCAUUACCCGGCACUGCAGCAGAGCAGUGUGUGUGUGUGUGUGUGUGUGUGUGUGUGUGACUGUACACACAGAGAGUUUGCAUUUCUGCACAUUAGUAUGACAAAUAAAUCCUGUAUCCAAAUCC